AUGGGUCGCCGUCCUUUCCGCUGCUACCGCUACUGCAAGAACAAGCCGUACCCCAAGUCGCGCUACAACCGCGGUGUGCCCGACCCGAAGAUCCGCAUCUUCGAUCUCGGCCGCAAGCGCGCGUCGGUCGACGACUUCCCGUACUGCUGCCAUCUCGUCUCGGACGAGUACGAGCAGCUGUCCUCCGAGUCGCUCGAGGCCGCCCGCAUCUGCGCCAACAAGUACAUCACAAAGACGUCCGGCAAGGACUCGUUCCAUCUCCGCGUCCGCGUCCACCCCUUCCACGUCCUCCGCAUCAACAAGAUGUUGUCCUGCGCCGGCGCCGAUCGUCUGCAGCAGGGUAUGCGUGGUGCCUGGGGUAAGCCCUACGGCUCCGUCGCCCGCGUCGACAUCGGCCAGAUCAUCCUCUCCGUCCGCACCAAGGACAACAACGCCCCCGUCGUCCACGAGGCCCUCCGCCGCGCCCGCUACAAGUUCCCCGGCCGCCAGAAGAUCAUCGUCUCCCGCAAGUGGGGCUUCACCAACGUCAACCGCGAGGACUACCUCAAGCUCAAGGCUGACAAGCGUGUGCUCCAGGAUGGCGCGUACGUCCAGUACAUCCGCCCCCGCGGCCCCCUCGAGGCGAACCUCCGCGCCCAGCUCCGUGCGUAG